UACCUUAUUUAUUUCUCAACCGACCCCGCGUUUUCUUUCUCUCCUACAUUUAUCUCCUCGCCGAUAACUACCUGACUCGCCGGCGGUGACUGUAUCCACGGCGACGAUCGCAGGGGACUCGAAUUUUCAUCGGGGAUCGAGGACGAGGAACUUGUUCUUGUGAUUCUUGUAGGAGGAUGGGAAAUUGUAACGCGUGUGUGAGGCCGGAGACUACAGAGGACGACUCGUCGGUGAAUCGGAAGAAGAAUGAUGAAGACCGGAAAUCAUCAAAUCCAUACUCUCGGGAUUCUGUUGCUAGGUCGCCAGCUCCGCUUAGGGUUUUGAAAGAUGUGAUGCCGCUCAGUCACCGGACGCGAAUCAGCGAUAAGUAUAUACUGGGGCUUGAACUUGGCCGUGGAGAGUUCGGGAUCACGUACCUGUGUACCGAUAAAGAGACGAAGGAGUCUUUGGCUUGUAAAUCGAUUUCAAAGAGGAAGCUGAGGACUGCGGUGGAUAUAGAGGAUGUGAGACGAGAGGUUGCUAUAAUGUCGAAUUUGCCUGAGCAUCCGAAUAUAGUGAAGCUUAAAGCGACCUACGAGGACAGCAAGAACGUUCAUCUAGUUAUGGAGCUUUGUGCAGGAGGUGAGCUUUUCGAUCGGAUUGUAGCUAAAGGACACUACACCGAGCGCGCUGCAGCAAACGUUGCGAGAACAAUCGCUGAAGUGGUAAGGAUGUGCCACGCUAAUGGUGUUAUGCACAGAGACUUGAAGCCUGAGAACUUUUUGUAUGCGAACAAGAAGGAACAUUCACCGCUUAAAGCGAUUGAUUUCGGUCUCUCUGUGUUCUUCAAGCCUGGGGAGAAGUUCACGGAGAUAGUGGGAAGUCCAUACUACAUGGCGCCAGAAGUACUGAAAAGAAACUAUGGACCAGAGGUUGAUCUUUGGAGUGCUGGUGUGAUAUUGUAUAUUUUGUUGUGCGGGGUUCCUCCAUUCUGGGCUGAGACUGAACAAGGAGUAGCUCUGGCAAUUUUGAGGGGCGUACUUGAUUUUAAGAGGGAACCAUGGCCACAUAUUUCAGAGAGUGCUAAAAGCCUUGUCCAGCAGAUGUUGGAGCCAGAUCCUAAAAAGCGCUUAACUGCUCAGCAGGUGCUUGAUCAUCCUUGGUUACAAAAUGCAAAGAAAGCUCCAAAUGUUCCACUAGGGGAUAUUGUAAGGAUGAGGCUCAAGCAGUUCUCUGUUAUGAAUAGGUUCAAAAAGAAAGCCCUAAGGGUGAUAGCAGAGCACUUAUCUGUUGAAGAAGUUGAAGUGAUCAGAGAUAUGUUUUCUUUGAUGGACACCGACAAUGAUGGGAAGGUAUCUUUUGAGGAACUGAAGGCAGGGCUAAAAAAGGUCGGCUCACAAUUGGGUGAGCCCGAGAUGAAAAUGCUCAUGGAAGUGGCUGAUGUUGAUGGUAAUGGUGUACUGGAUUAUGGGGAGUUUGUAGCAGUUACAAUACACUUGCAGAGGAUGGAAAAUGACGAGCAUUUUCGCAGAGCAUUUAUGUUUUUUGAUAAAAAUGAAAGUGGGUUCAUUGAAUUAGAUGAGCUACGGAAAGCCUUGGCGGAUGACGCAAGUGAAACGGAUAGUGAUGUGCUGAAUGAGAUCAUGCGCGAGGUUGACACAGAUAAGGACGGACGAAUAAGUUACGACGAGUUCGUGGCCAUGAUGAAAACUGGAACAGAUUGGCGAAAGGCAUCAAGGCAGUAUUCAAGAGAGAGGUUCAAGAGUUUGAGUCUGAACCUAAUGAAAGACGGAUCGUUGCAACUUCAUGAUGGGGUCACAGGAAAAGCCGUUGUGGUGUGAAGUAAAUUCAUUUUCUGAUCUUAGUUUUCAAACGGCAAGAUUUAUAUGUACCAGGAUGAGCUUCUUCCACCAUUGGAGCAAAUCUUCUCCUGGAUCUCAUGGAGGUACAGUAAAUAGACAUUUCAUCCCUGAAAUCCUUUUUACCUGUAUAUUUUUCUUACAUUAUUUACCUGUGAUGAUUUACUGAAGCUUCGUAACUUUGAAAGAAGGGUAAAAACAUAAACACCAAAGAGAAAAAAAGAAGAAGAAGAAGAAGUAGAAGAAGAAGAUGUUAGAAUUGCUUGUUGGGAUCUGAGUUUGAGCAAAAAAAUUUAAUGAUUUCUGUUUGUACAGAUUGGAAACACUCCAAAUUUAAUGAUUUUAGAUGACAGCCAUAGGUUCAUGCA